AGCAAUUUCAUUGGUUUAAGUCACCGAAAAGCACGAAAUUCGAAAGAAGAUCAGAGGUUGUAAAAAUAAAGAAAAUAUAAAAUAUUUAAGUUAUCUUCGGAUCUUCAUAGCGAUAUGCCGCCAAUGAGACCUCAAAGAGGCAAAACACCAAGAAAGAGAGGCAAGAAUGGAGGCAGUACCUCGGAAACAGUUGAACCAGUUGAGGUAUACUGUAGAGUUAGACCUCUCGACAACCCUGGAGAUGCAGUUUGUUUAACAGUUGUUAGUAAUGAUAAAGUCAAACUUCUUUCAUCAGAGAACUCACUAGCGUUUGCAAGAACAGGGCAGUUGAAGGAGAUAGAGUAUAAAUUCCAGCAUGUAUUUGAUGAGUAUACUUCACAGAACGCCGUGUUUAACCAUGUGGCCUAUCCACUCAUUGAUGAUCUGGUGCAUGGGAAAAAUGGACUACUGUUCACAUAUGGUAUCACCUCGUCGGGAAAGACGUACACAAUGACAGGCACACCUCAGGAUCAGGGUAUACUACCACGAUGUCUGGAUGUCAUAUUUAACAGUGUAGGGGAAUACCAGUGUAAAAAAUAUGUGUUUAAGCCAGACAAGAUGAAUGGAUUUGAGGUACAGUCGGAGGUUGAUGCCAUGAUGGACAGACAGAAAAAAGACAUUUUACCUGGUCUAACACCUAAAACACCUUCAACGCCUAGAAUAAAUAGGGAUAAAGGGGAGUUUGGCAGAGACUGUGGCCGUGUGAUCGACACUGGUCGUGUAAACGAUGUUGAUGAGGAUAACACAUAUGCCGUGUUUGUGUCGUACAUAGAAAUCUACAACAAUUAUGUCUAUGAUCUUCUAGAAGAGUUACCAUAUGACCCAAUUACAGGAUACAAACCUCCGCAGUCGAAGUUUCUGCGUACAGAUGGCUGUGACAACAUGUAUGUGAUGAGUUGUACAGAAGUUGAGAUCAAAGCACCAGAGGAAGCUUUUGAGGUGUUGUAUAAAGGACAGAAAAGACGAAAAGUGGCACACACAGCACUGAAUGCGGAGUCAAGUAGAAGUCACAGUAUAUUCAACAUAAGAUUGGUACAAGCUCCACUAGAUCCUUGUGGUCAGGAAGUUCUUCAGGACAAUGAAAAGAUCAUUGUGAGUCAACUAUCUCUGGUAGAUCUUGCUGGUAGUGAGCGGGUGAACCGGACAAACAACAAGGGGGACCGGCUGAAAGAAGCAGGUAAUAUAAACCAGACUCUGAUGUCACUACGAACAUGUCUAGAGAUGCUUAGGGAAAAUCAGAUGACGGGUGGAAACAAAAUGGUGCCGUACCGGGACUCCAAACUUACACAUCUGUUCAAGAACUACUUUGAUGGAGAUGGUCGUGUCAGGAUGGUUGUGUGCGUGAACCCGAAAGCAGAAGAAUUUGAUGAAACUGUUCAUGUUAUGAAGUUUGCCGAGAUGUCACAAGAGGUCAUGGUUCAGAGGUCACAGCAGGUGAAGUUUGACCUUGGAUUGACCCCAGGUCGUAGACGCCUGGGAGAAAAAUUACGAGAGGAGCGGUUAAGAGAGGAGGCUGAGAGAGAAAUUAAACAAGAAUUGAUGCCAGUACCUUUACCUAGUCUUAUUUAUACAUUAGGACCAGACUUCCCUAAUCUUGAGUUGGUAGAUUACAGUGAUGAGGAAACAUUGAGAAGGUUGAUACAAUGCCUGUGUGAACGUGACACAAAAAGACAAACUUUACUGAUUGACUUUGAAGCCAAAGGAAAUCAGUUUAGAAAUUAUCUACUGGACUUUGAGAGAGAUUAUGAACGAUUGAAGGAGAGAAACGAGGAGCUUGAGUCAGUCACAAACAAACAUGGAAGUUUGACGUCCAAAUUGGAAUCGAAAUGUCGAGGUCUCGAGCAGAAGGUCAGCUCCCUACAGCAUCAGUUGAACGAGGCUGACCGAUUAAGACGUGAAUUUGAGGCCAAGUUGUAUGAUAAGAGUAUGAAGAUCAGACAAGAACAAACGGAGAAAGAAAGAUUGAAGGACAACUUUAAACAGAGAUUAGAGAUGAAUAAUAUACAUUGGGAAGAAAAUUUGGAUAAGGAAAGAAGGAAAAUUGAGCGAGAAAUGGGGAUGGCAUUGGAGGAGAAGGAGAAAAAGUUCAGUAUGAUGAAAGAAGUGUUGGACAGUGAUACCCCGGUAGCUAAACCACGUACGUUCAAAACGCCAGGAACCACGAUAAAGACUAGGACCUACACAACACCAGGGGUGAUACAGAGUGCCAGGUCUGAGUCUGACGUGUCUUCUAUUGGUGUACCUGCCCCGAGGACGAGAACCACAUCAGCUGUGCCAUCAGUUCGACCCUGGGGCUAUGGUGGUAACAACAAACGCCCAGCUCCAAAGACCCCAUCAGUUACACCAAGAAGUAUACCUCAGUAUAAUUUAAGACAUAGAAGAUCCAAAUCUAACUCCGAAACAUGGCUGGACCAUAAACCACCAGGACAUUUAGAUCUUGACACUGUAUUACAACCAACAUUGAAGAAGAAGAAAUCUGUAAGUAAACUCGAGUCUAAGGAUACGAAAGUGGCCUCUAAAUAUAUGUUGACGGAUCAAGGUUUAAAUUCUGAUGGCGAGUUUCAAACCAGAUAUUUCAAGGGAGAUGUGAUACCUACCUCUGGGGGCGGAGCUUCUGUCAUCUUUAAAGAUGUAGAAAUCCACAAACAGAAGGAGCCAGGGACCAGGAAGAGACGAAGCUCGUGCCCACAGCCGACAGAUUUUGACGGUGAGUGGACCGAUCCGGAGGAGAGAUGUGCAAUUGCGAUAGAAGGUCACAGAAGAAAGAGAAGUCGUCCUACGCCAGAAUCCAGAGUAUGAACGAACAGAAUUUAGACAAUUAAAUCCCAGGACCCUAUGACAAUAUAUUGACAUCAGCAACAGCAGCAAUCACAUAUCAUAUCUGCAAAAGUAAACAAUUUUAAUCUCCAAAUUUCUCUGAAAAUU